UCGCGACAGAAUAAUCUUGGCAUUCUUGGCUGGCUGAGGUUUCUGUAGUGCUCGGGUUGUGCAUGGUAUCCAUUGAUUUAAGCCCGAUUUGCAGCCGUAGAGGGGGUAACACUUGCUUUUAAAAGAAAAAAAAAACAAGUUAGCUUUAGGCUCUAUGUUUUCUUUAUUUUAGCUAAACUUUGAAGAAGCACAACCAUGGGCGUGGAAGUCGAGACAAUAUCCCCCGGUGAUGGGAGAACAUUUCCAAAGAAAGGUCAAACGUGUGUCGUUCAUUACAUAGGCAUGCUGCAGAACGGGAAAAAGUUCGACUCAUCCCGAGACAGGAACAAACCCUUUAAGUUCAAGAUUGGGCGGAGUGAGGUUAUUAAGGGCUGGGAGGAAGGAGUAGCACAGAUGAGCCUUGGUCAGAGGGCUAAAAUYACUUGCACACCAGACAUGGCGUAUGGAACAACAGGCCACCCUGGGGUCAUCCCGCCGAACGCCACGCUUAUUUUUGAUGUGGAGCUGCUGAAGCUGGAGUGACCGMCUGCUCCUCAACGCAAAAACAAAAAGGUCAAGAAGGCUGUGCUCGCCACAUCCUGUUCCUGCAGGGAGACCAUACCUGGCUGCUGCCUUCCUACUUUCACCUGCUCACGUUUCUUAUCUUUUGAUUUCUAACGUCUUGUUCAGUUCAGUAUUUAAAAUGUAACGUCUGCUGCUUUGUUGCCAUCCUGUCAGAAUGGAUUAAUGAKCAUACCCUUCAAUACUUUUGACACUCAAAUGUUUUAGUUUCUGUUUCUCUUUUCAGUUUCAUCCCAUGUAGGUUUUGUCAGAAACUCUUUAAGCAGAUGAAAAAAUUGCAUUGCAAUCUAAAUGGCCUUACAGUUUAAACAGGACAGGGUAUAUACUGAUGUUGAAGACACAACACCUCUGCUCUGUACGUGAACUGGGCAUUAUACCACUUCGAUAAAGGCUUGUACUGGUAAAUAUUCUAAAUCAAUGUUACGCCUCAGUUUAUUUUAUAACCUAWAUGCACAUUCACUGCAAGUGUACCCUAUGAAAUUUACCCCAAUACUGURCAGCACCCAUUAAGAGCCAUUACUGACCAACUCUUGAAUAAAUAUGGCAUGUACUGUGUUGAGACCUUC